UUACACCCCAGGAAAUUACCGGGACACGGGCGGCCACAUCGCGUCCCACCAGGUCUCCAGCCAGAACACAGGUGUACAAGGUGAAGGGAUUACAAAGUCCAAGUUGCUAGUUGUAACUUAACCUGCAGAAGUGGAUGUGACAGCAGGAUUUUAGAACCUGGUAUGGAAGUCACUCCCAAAAGUGUUAGAGGUUUUAUUGCCCUGGAAAAGGAUGACUCUCUACAAUGCCAACACCAGGAGGAUAUUAUUUCCCAAAUAAGAGCCCAGCAUGACAUUUAUGAGAAAGCCGGGGUCCUCCUGCGCAAAGCUGAUUGGUGCUUAGCCAAUGGGCUCCAGGCAUUACUGGACUUAUCAGACACAGAGCAGAGGGCUGCCUGUACCUGCUGAACUUCAGAAAACGCUCACAUCUUGUCCGAGCAGGACACAUCUGUGGCCAUCAAAGAGCAACCAGAUUUUAAAGAUGAAGUAUCUUCCCCAAUUCCCUUCCAUCUUGGCCAUCUAUUGCUUCUGCCUGCUACAGCAUCCCUCCUCAGGAUAUAUUCAACCUUUAGAUGAUUCUCCAGAUGGCUUGGAUAUUGUGCAGCUGGAGCGGCUGGCAUAUUGGGCAACUCUUUCUAGGCAACCUAAGGAUAAUCGAGACAUAUACAAAAGGUUUUUAUUUGACUACUCCAGAACUCGGGAGCCAACACAGCCAGUUAAAAUUGGGUUUCCUCCGGUGCGCCCUGUAACGCGGCUGGCCGCCAAGCUCGCCAAUGGGAAGAUGAAGAGAUUUCUACAGCGCGAUCUGGGGGCUGUGGCACUUGACUUUACCAAGAAGGAUCACGCUGCUACCUGGGGACGACCAUUUUUUCUAUUCAGGCCAAGGAAUGGAAGAAACACUGAACACCCAGUAGGAUAGACCAAGAGUUCAAUGGCAAAGGGAAGCUGGAUCAGAUAAGACAACCCAGCAAUUAUUUGGGGCAAAUGUCAAAUUUCUUCCUAUGAACAAUAUGUAAAGAUAAUUCUCUUGCUCUAUAUUCACUGAAAUAUUCAGUUGUAUAAAGAAUAAAGUAGCA